GAGAGAAGAAGAGAGAGAAAAAGGGAAAAGCUUAAGAAUAAUAAUGAAUAAUUCACUUUCCUUAUUCCUUCUCUCUAAAUUUCUUCCCAAUAUCCUAUCAUGGCAUUCUCUCCAUUUCCCAUUCUUCCAUAGCUUCUCCUUCUCCGUGUUAUGAAUCCCUCCACCGCCGCCGCACAACCACCACCUCCUCCUCCUCCUUCCUCCGCUGUCGCCGUCCCCUGUCCACGACACCCUCAAGAGCAUUUCGCCCCUUUCUGCCAAUUAUGUCUCUGCGAGCGUCUCUCUCUGAUCGACUCGUCUUCUUCCUCUUCCUCCUCUUCCCGGAAACCCCCUUCCACUGCUGCCUCCGCUCUUAAGUCCCUUUUCCGCCCUGGUCCUCCUACUACUCGUCCCUCUUCUUUCUUCCCUGAGCUUCGUCGGACUAAAUCCUUCUCUGCUUCUAAGAACGAACCCUUUUCUGCCGUUUCUGAGCCGCACAGGAAAUCUUGCGACGUUCGUCUUCGUAACACUCUCUGCUCUUUCUUCUCCCAGGACGCCUCUGCUUCUUCUUCUUCUAGACCUCUUCCUGUUCCUGGUUUUGAAGUUGCUUCCGAGAGUAAGAAUUUGGAGGACGAGCCGAGUUCUUCUUCCUGUCUUGAACCGGAACCGAAGAGCGAAGGGGAAAUUAGGGUUUCUGAAGUGCCCGUUGUGGUGGAUGUUGUGAUCGAGAACGGAGUUCAGGAAAUCGUCGAAGAAGAACAACUUCAGGUUGAAUUCGAGCGAGAAUCGGUGCAACUUCAAGAGGAUUUCAAAACCAUGAAGGAUCAUAUAGAUCUUGAUUCGCACACGAAGAAGCCCUCCGGAAGGGAUUUGAAGGAGAUUGCCGGGAGCUUCUUGUCGGCGGCUUCGGUCUUCAGCAAGAAGCUGCAGAAAUGGAGGGAUAAGCAGAAGGGGAAGAAGCAGAGAAGCGGCGCUGGAUCUACGACAUUGCCGGUGGAGAAGCCAAUCGGACGCCAUUUCAGAGAAACUCAGUCGGAAAUUGCCGAUUACGGCUUCGGCCGACGAUCCUGCGAUAUUGAUCCGAGAUUCUCUCUCGACGCCGGGCGAAUGUCCUUCGACGAUCCCCGCUAUUCUUUCGACGAACCUAGGGCUUCAUGGGACGGGUAUUUGAUAAGCAGAACGUUCCCGAAAAUGCCUACCAUGCUUUCCGUCGUUGAAGAUGCUCCUAUCAGUGUCUUCCGUUCCGAUACUCAAAUUCCCGUCGAAGACUCCCUGAGUUCAACCAAUGAAGAAGAGAAUAUCCCCGGGGGGACAUCGCAGACCCGGGAUUACUAUUUAGACUCCUCUUCCCGUCGGCGGAAGAGCCUCGAUCGGUCCAACUCCAUCAGAAAGGCCGCCGCGGCGGUGGUAGCAGAGAUUGAUGAGAUGAAAUCCGUUUCAAACGCCAAAGUUUCCCCUGCAACUACAGAUAUCAGCCAUGGCCCAAAACUAUCCAUCCCAGAUAGAGACUCGAACGCCAAUUCAGUGCGAGACGACUGCUCCGGGACCUUCGAUAUGGGAUUUAACGACACAGCGUCAGUGAUUGCGACAGGGAAUCGGAAAGAGGAGUCAAAAAAGUCCCGCCGGUGGGGGAAGGGUUGGAGCAUAUGGGGAUUGAUUAACCGGCGUGGAGGAAACAAAGAUGAUGAGGAAGACGUGAGCAGACGCAAUGGUGUGGAGAGGUCGUUUUCAGGGUCGUGGCCGGAGUUGCGAGGCGAACAGAGUAUGGAUGUGAAAGGAGGUUUCAACCCCAAAAUGUUUAGGAGUAACAGUAGUGUGAGUUGGAGGAGUGCAAGUAUGGUGGGUGGAUCUUUCAGUAGCAGUUCAAGGAAAAGCAAUGCAGAUUGUAAUGGGAAUGGGAAGAAGAAGAAAGAACAGGAGCAGCAGCAGCAGCAGCCAGUGUUGGUGAGGAACCACAGUGCUCGACAUUCUCUGACAAAUGUCGACAAUGGUCUUCUCCGAUUCUACAUGACGCCGAUGAAGGACAGCCGGAGAGGCUCUUCCGCCGGGAAGGUGAAACCCAAUCAAGCACACUCCAUUGCUAGAAGUGUUCUUCGACUGUAUUAAACUGGAAUUGGUUGGGGUGGGGGGAGGAUUCAAUUCAAAAAACUUGUUUUUCUGGUUUAAAGUUGAUAUCUGUUCUUUGGUCAAGCGUUUUCUUUAAUGGGUUUCUUGAGAAUUAUUUA